ACAUGUUUUGGCUUACUGAUAGAUUGUUUGUAUUAGCUCUACACGCAUAAUUUCCUUGGGGGAACUGGCCAACAUGGCAACGCUUGCUUUACUCGGCUGUGGGCAAAUGGGACGGAUCAUCUUGACCCGCCUACUACAAAGCGCAAGCUCGACCUCGCCAUUACAGAUCCUCAGAUUAGAAGCCACCGUCUCGAGAUCAAGUAGUGUCUCGAAAUUGGCCGACGAGUUUGCGCGGUACAAAGACCGAUUGCACAUCUCCCAUGGAGGCAAUGUCGAAGCUGCCAGGCGAUCCGAUGUUGUCAUCUUGAGCUUCCCACCAGACCAAACAGAGACAGUUUUGAGCGAGCCAGGUCUUGCACAGGCCUUUAAAGGGAAGCUCAUCAUCAGCAUACUCGCCGGCAUCACUCGCUCGCAGAUUGAGGCUCAUGUGGGUGACUCAAAGUCUCAAGGGACACACAUCGUAAGCGCGAUGCCCUCCAUCGGAGCUCAAGUGGGUGAAUCAGCUACUUUGCUCGCGGAAGACGAAGGUGAGACUCUGCCUGCGGACGUACAGGAUCUCGUCCAAGGCAUCCUUGCUCCGCUCGGUCGUAUCAUUCCAGUUCCCAGCCACCUCCUCGAUCGCACCAUGGCCGUCUCCGCCACGACGCAUGGAUUGAUGACGAUUCUGAUCGAUGCAUUGGUCGACGGCGGCGCCGCGGCUGGAGUGCCCCGGCAGCAGAUGCUCGAUGUUGUCGGGCAAUCUAUGCGUGGGUAUGGUGCUUUACUUGGCGAGGGCUACGAUAAUGCCCAACUCAAGAGGUCCAUGUUGAUCCCCAAUGGCUUUACUGUCAGAUCGAUUCUCGCCUUGGAGAGAAAAGGGGUCCGGCCCGCUGUUAGUGAUGCGGUGGUCGAAACAGUGCGCCUGACUGAGCUGAGUCAAAAGUAGGUUGGUACUUCGUCGGCAAUCUGUUGAUGGCCCUGCUGCUGUGUGUGUUGGGGCCUCCAAUUCGGGCUGGGCAAGCUGGGAUGAGUGGUGAGACUGGGUUCUCGAAAGCAUUGUCCCUAGACCCUCGCCUCGACAUCAUUGCCGAUCAAGUGCAUCAUCCGCUUUACAAACUCCUUCUCCAUCUCAACCUCGGCAUGUCUCUGCAAGGUCUUUUGCAUCUCCAGAUCGAUGGCAGCCAUAGUCUUGUCUCUCUGCAAUUGGUCGUCGGCAGCAUCCUCGUGGUUCUCUCGUCGCUCUUUCAACAAUGAAUCCCUCCUGCUGGCCAAGUUCAUUGCUGUUGUUAGCAAAGUCUUCUCCUCUUGGUCGGCCUUUUGUAACCUAGCAUCAGUCACUGCUUUUGCAUUUCUCUCCCUCUCCUUCUGAAGCUGCAAUGCAGUCUUGGCAGGAGCACUGGGGAUUGAAUAAGUACUUGCUCGAUCUGAUGCCUUGGGCUUCUUUCCUAGAAACAAGCUGAUUCGGUUCACUGGACCUCUUCCUCUUCCUCUAUCAGCCUCCAGCUCUCUCUCAUUCUCUCGGAAUGCUCUCUUGGAUCUAACGGGGAUUUCCAUGGACUUUUGAUUGUCGGCAAUAUUCUGGACGAUGGUCUCGACUACUUUGCGCGUCCGCACGCCUGAAUGUUGAAGGAUCAAGGUGACGAUCGUAUCAGGGGAUUCCCCCGCGGUCAGGAGUUCGCUGAUGCGCCAGUAUGCUGGCAAAGGAAUCUCGUGAGAGCAGAUGGAGAUGGUGGGGACGUUGCGAUAGUUGGGGACUGGAGACAACAGGACCUCGAGGGCGGCAGCGUUGGCUGACAUGGUGAUAGACCUUGGCUGACUCAGAACAAAAGGAUUUUCCUACUGGCCGUUUACGCGAUGAAUGUCUUGUGCGACAGACGGGAGAGGAAUGUGAGUUUGGGCAGGCAAAUUUGAACCAAACAGUCUCAGAUUUAGAUGCAAGACCUACCAGGCAAAUGGUCGUCAUGAUGACAGCUGCAGAAGGAGAGGGAUUUGUGUAACCAAAUUUGACUGAUUGGCAAAAUGGCAGCAUCAAAGGCUGAAAGCAGAAGGAGACAGCAUGAGACAAAGAGAGAGUGGGACACAAGAUAAUGGCAACGAACAAAGGAAAGUGAGUUAGAGGAGGUGGGAAGGGGUCACGUUGUAUGAGGGUGGAGUCAGACACGAGCUGAGGAAUGUCAAAGGAAUGGUUGUCAAGGGAGGGGACUAGUGAGGGAUGGAGGAGAUAUAUGACAGUAGUAGUGUUGAAGAUAAUAGCAGUGAUGUUGAUGAUGAUGGUGGUGGUGGUGGUGGUCAUGGUGAGGGUGAUGUGUCGAUAGUGGUGUUGAUGAUAAUAGGAGCCUGAAGUAGCAGCAGAGCAGAGUUAAGGGGAAUAUUUGCGGGCGGUGCUUAUGGGCAGCGAUUCCCU